CUGAGCCAACCAGAGUACAAGGACUUGCUGAGCAACUACCACGCGAACGAGUGGAUGCUAGAAUAAAUCAGCGUACAAUGACGGAAGGAAGAAAGCUGCUGUUUUCGCUCGACGGUGACAGCAUCAAGACGAGUCUGCAGCUUCGCGACGAGGUUGGAGGCCAGAGAAGAGCAGGAAGACAAAUGGAGGAAUCGCCGGUACAAACGAGGAAGGGAGUGACUCGAAAGUGCGAUGAAUCAAGGGCAGACGAUCAGAGACCGACGGAGCACGCGAAUGGUGCGGGAACGUCGCGCAGAAAGAAAGCGGUAGUGGUGAAGCGCGUGGUGAAGAAGAAGGGUGGAUCAGAUACUUCACAGGACAAGGUUUCAACAGCUGUGCAUGCAGCGACGAACGGAUUGGAUCAGAGAGACCACAUCCAGAAGGAUGCAGAAGCCAGAGGGAAGAUGGACAGCAAGGGAUCCUUGCUGUUAAGCGAGCUGAUUGAUGACAGCGAUGAUGAUUUCUCUAAUAUGUGCAGAGGCCCGGGAGAGAGGGCUGUUUAUGAUCUGAAUGAAGGAGAUCCCAUGGCAUUCUUGGUGAAGGAGUCCAAUGGUUUCUGUGAGCAACGCUCAUCUGAAUGUCUUACAAAUUCCUUGCCAGAUUCAUCCUCUCCUCCUGUGCCAAAGUUUUCCCCACCUUCACUUCCACUCCCUGUAUCUAGUGCAACUGAUAGUGACACUCCUCCUCCUCCUUUGCCCACUUCUCCAAUUCCGGGCACCAGCCCACUCAGCAGUGGCAUUAGUAGCUAUAACAAUGUUGAUGGUGAUGGAGAUGCGGUUACUAGUUUGAAAGCAGAAGUAAGUAGGGUACAUCAGGAGAAGCUCGUUGCUGUGAAAGAAAAGGAAAGACUUCAGCAGCAGCUAGACCAAGUGUUGGGAUCAACGGAUAUGAUGCAUGAGGCCAAGAAAGAGCUGCAAGUGAUGAGAUCUGAGAGGAGAGACUCUGCCUUGUCGGAGCAAGUCUUGAAAAAGCAGUUAAAGAACAGACAUCAAGAAACCAAUCAUUUACAAAAAGAAACGGCGUCACUCAAGGACUUGCUGGAAAAAACAAAGCAGAAAGUGAAGAAUCUGUCAGAUGAUCGGGAUACUCUGACUUUCAUUCGAUCAUCGCUACAAAAGAAGAUUGCCGAGGCAAGAGAAGAAAAUGAUCAUGUAGCUGAACAACUACGCAAAGCAGAGAAAGAUUUGGCCGACAGUUUAAAUAUUCAGCAGCUACAGCAGCAGGAGUUGGAAAAGACAAGAGAUGAAGUAGCAAGUCUGGUUGUAUCAUUUGAUGAGAAAGCUCGACUAAUGCAAGUUGAAAAUGAUGCACUCAUAGAUGACAUUAGAGCAACACGAGCUACUGCUAAACGCCAUCGUAAGAAAUGCCAAGAUAUGACAGCUGAGAAGCAGCAGUGGGAGACAGACAAGAAAACAUUGGAAAACGAGAUAGCAGCUCUCAAGGAUACUGUUACGAGUACAGGGAAGAACAGUGAGCAUGAAAUUACUGUUUUUAAACGGCAACUUACAGAAGCUGCCGACCUGCUGCAGCAGCAAAAAGACGAGAGCAGCAAACAGAUAGAGGAGCUUUGUAGUAAAGUUGCCAUACUCGAAAAAGAGAAUACAGGGUUGAAAUCAAAAUUGUCAGCUGAGGUCAAGCAAGCUGCAGAACAGAAGACGUCGUCAACCAACAAAGUGUCAGAACUUUCGCAGUUGGUACAAGAGCUACAGAGUAAAUUACAAGCAACAGGAAAAGAGAACAAGGAAUUAAUGAAUCAGUUGAAAAAUGCCAAUAAAGAAACCAAAGCUCUUCUAGCAACAGCUGCAGAGCUGAGUAUAGCAAAGGAUAAUGUAGAAACUCUUGAAAGAGAAAAGGAAGAGCUAAAACUAGAACUGGCGUCAGCAAGGAAACAGAGUGAUGAUGUAGAUACUUCUGCAUGGCAACACGAGAAGCAGCAACUAUCCAAAGACAUCUUGAAGUUUCAAGAGGCAGUGAGAAAGCUGGAAACAGAUAAAAAGGAUAUGAUGGACUACAUGGUGGAACUCGAGGACAAACUGGAUAAGUCAGAAACAGAGAAUGCAGCAAAGAUGUCAAAUGCAGAGAAUGAUAUGAAAAACCUGAAAAGCGGUUGGACUCAAGACAAGAAUCGAGUCAGCAAACUGGAGACAGAGACCAUUAGAUUGAAAGCUGAAAUUGACGAGUUGAAACAGUCGAAAGACAGUCUACAAAAAGAGACCAACCAUAGAGCGACUCUUCAUUCAGAGGAGGUUCAGUCUUUUCAAAAAGCAUACGGUGACUUGCAACAAGAGCUAGAGCAAACGAAAAAGGAGAGGGAGACUAUCAAAGAAACUUUGCUGUCUGAAUAUGAGGCCAAGUUGAGCAUCGAACGUCGAAAGUCGAUUACAGUCAACAGUGAGAUGACAGAGCUUCGUGGUCAGCAUUCUGCUUUAGAGCAGAAAUUAGCUGAAACAAAAGCUGAGGAAAGCAGGCUUCGGCAACAGCUAGUUACAGCAAAGUUAAGUAGCAGUUAUUCAUCAUCGAGUGAGGAGAGCGAAGUAUUUACUGCUUCCACACCCACAAUUGAAGAGGAGGUGGAGGUGGACACCGAGGUCGACACAAUAGAUGGCAAUUUGUCAAACCUUACUGCCACUCAAAACGUGACGAAGUCUCCUACAAGUCACCCUCCACCUGUUUCUCAAAAACCUACCCUUAAACAGACAAACAGUGGUAGUAGAGCAGGCUCUGCAGUUCAUGCAUCACUUCAGCAAGCUGUACCUGCUGUAAGCAGUGGAAAAGCCGAGAAUGUCGUGGAGGAGAAGUCAAAUGUUCAACAGAAAGAUGGUAUUGCAUCACCAACACAUGAGAGAACUGCUGCCUCUCGUUCAGCUUUUCUGGCUAAUGGGCAUAUGAAAAGUAGCCCUACUGGUUCUUCCAUCACUCAUCCCGAAUUACUCCAACUGAAAAAUAAACCAUCUGCUCCUGCUUCUCCGGGUACUCGUUCACGUUGGGAGCAAGUGAAAACAGUAGUAGUUUCAACUACAAUGCCCAAGCCAAAAGCAACUCCUGUAAGUCAGCCAGUGGUGUCAAAUGUUGACAGAAUAACAGCUUUACCUGGGAGUAAGAUAGCGGCUACAGCAAGGAAAUUUGGCCAACCAGUAGGACGCUCAGGUCCGGGUGGAAACAAACUGACUCGCUCCAAGUCGUUCAGUCCGGGAUCAAAGGGCCAGAGCCGGGAGCAAACCAAAAAAGAGAUGCUGUUGCGGUGGUGUCAGUCCAAGACAGAGGGAUAUCAGAAUGUAAAUAUUACCAACUUUGCCCGAAGUUGGAAUGACGGUAUGGCUUUCUGUGCUCUCAUGCAUCACUAUUUCCCAGACAAGAUUCCAUUUGACACCUUGAAGCGUGAAAACAAGGCAAAGAACUUUGAGCUUGCUUUUACUGUCGGCGAGGAAGAGGCUGACAUACCUCAACUUCUUGAGGUAGAAGACAUGGUGAUGUUGGAGGUUCCCGAUUGGAUGUCGGUGAUGACAUAUGUUUCAGUCAUCUACUCGCAUUUGGCCAGUCGAGAUAGGAAAUUGUAUACUUUUCAACAGAAUUGUUGUGCAGGAGUGUCAACGGGCUGUGUAGUAACCACUCGGAUAAUGACUCGCUAUCAGAUAACGAUGGAGGAGCGACACGCCGAUGUGGCAAGAAAGCUGCGUGCGGAGCUCGAGGCCGAACGUCAUCGCAACAAACAACUCACACGCGAGAGAGCCGUUGAAAUUCGUCAAUUGAAGCAGGAGGCAGCGCAGGACAGAGAGCGUGCCGUCGACGUUACUUCCAAGAAAUUGCAGGCUGAAAAGGCAGCCGAAUUGAAGUCUUUGCGAGACUCGUUGCUUCGACAGAAGGAGCUGGAACUGAGGCAUGUUGUCAAGUACAAAGACGAGGAAAUGAAACAGAUAAGGGAGCAACUGGUGAAAGAGAAGGCGUCUGCUAUUCGUCACGCUGCUGCAGAAGCGAGGAAAGAAGUGAUGGAUUCUAUUCACGACCAAGUUUCGUUUGAUAAAGCGAAGCUAAUGGACGAGGUGUGGGUGCUGAGAGAUCAGAAGAUGAAGCUGGAGGAUGAGCUCAAGUUAAGACGUGACGGUGAACGACAGGCUGCUGAGACGUUGAGGAGAAAGCAACAAGACUGGGAUGCAGAGAAAGAGCAGUUGCUGAAGCAGUCGAGGUUGGAGGCGACUCGAGACUAUCAGCAAUUACGUUUGGCAGAGAGAGUGGUGCAUCAGAAGGAGCAGGAGGCGAUGCAGUAUCAACAUCAUGCACGAAUGCUGGAGGUAGAAAAGGAGACGUUGGGUGAAGAAUUGACACGAAGGAAGGAGGCAGAGUCAUGGGAGAAACGAUCUAGUCGAUCUAAGAAUGACUCAUUCACUGAGGGUUUGGGUGAUGGACAUUCCAACAAACAUGUACACGAUGACAAGGAGAAGGAGCUACUGCAGAAAGUGAAUCGUUUAUCAAGCCACAUUAGAGUGUUGGAAGAACGGACUGUGUCAUUGAAAUCUGAGAACUUAUCAUUGAAACAGCAAAGCGAGAAGACGGAUAACGGCACAAACCAGAGUAAACAACACGACGACAAGGUUAAGAAAUUGAGACAUCGAAACAGAGAAUUAGUUGCAUUGGCACGUCGGCUUGAAGAAGAGAAAAAGGCAUUAAAAGAGGGCUUAGAGAAAUCAACAUCACCGUCAUCAUCGUUAUCGUCGUCUUCUACAAAAGAGCUGGAUUCACUAAAGAAGUCACUUGCACGAGAGAAAGCUAAGAUGCAGGCUGAGUACGUCAAGCGGUUGGCAGCACAAAAGGAGGAGAUAAAAGAAUUAACUGACAGACUGAAUGACAAGGAACAAGAAGUAAAGGCACUAAAUACAAGGUUUCAAGAGUUUGUGGAGCAGAAGAAUCAAACGGCUUCAGAUGGUGCAUUGUCAUCAGUGGAUGAGGUUGAACAGUUGAGGACGGAAGUUGAUUCUCUUGAAAAAGCAAUAAAGGCUGUAGCCAGGGAGAAACUGCAAUAUGAGAGACUUGUUUCUGAGAACCCGACCAGUGUCAUUCGCUUGCAAGAGCUACAGUCUGAAUUCAGUGUCUUGCAUCACACACACAGCUUAUUAGUAGAGAAAGUACAUAAGAAAGACAAAGAGUCGAAUGAACUGCAACAGAAGAUAGCAGAAAUGAAGGAAGCAGAAAUGGAGGUGCAUACGCAACUCCAACAACUACACGACCAAAACAAAACUUUGGCUGCCGAUUUGGGAGCAUGUACAACAGCUCGUGUGGAAAUGCAAGAGCAAAUCACAGAAAUGGAGCAACAACUGGGACAGUUACAGAAGGCACAGUCUCAGUGUGAUGAGUUAACAGAGCAGCUACAGGAAACAAAAGAAUCACUUGCUACGGUAAGACAAGACAACCAAGAACUUCACACGAUGGCAGAAAAGGCCAAGACUCAGACAGAACUUGUUGAAAAGCAGAAAGUGGAAAUGCAACUCAACCUAGCAUCAGCGUACUCUCAACUAGAAGAACGUGAUGCUGAAAUUUUGUCUCUCAAAGAGGUGGCAGAGACACAGUUUAGCAGCUAUGCAAGUAGUGAUGUUGUUGAAAGCAUGCAGCUUCGCAUACGUGAGUUGGAACAAGAAUGUGCAGAGAAGGAACUGCAAUGCAUUACACUACAGGACAGAAUGGAAAAGUUACAUGAAGCCGGCGUUGACAUAGACAACUCUCUUACAUCUUUGAACCAAAAUGGUGUUAUUUCUGAGCCUUUUUGCUCACUAGAUGAACGAUAUCUUGAUGGAGAAGAAGACAGACAAGACAAACAGAUGCCAGGACUUCCAAGAACUUCCACUCUUGCUUUAAUAAAUUCUCUAGAAGACUCAGACUCAGGCAGUGAGUCUGCCAGUGGCAGAGGAAGUUCUUUGUCUGGCAUAUUUGCGUCUCGAAAGUCUGUUGGUGAAGAAUCAGCUCCUGAUUUAGAAGUUGUACUACAGAAGGAAGAUGAACUACAGAAAGAAGAUGAACUGCAGAAAGAAGAUGCAUUACAGAAAGAAGAUGAACUGCAGAAAGAAGAUGCAUUACAGAAAGAAGAUGAACUGCAGAAAGAAGAUGUGCUACAGAAAGAAGAUGAACCGAAGUCGAAGUCACCCAUUGCUACAAAGCUACUUUCUGUUGUGAAAGAUCCAUCUGUCUCAGUUGGUUCUCUCAAAGAUGAGCUCAUGGCAGUUGGUGAAGAUGUCCAAAGUGACUAUGACUCUUCAAGUAUUGCAAGUACUGGUGACGAAGAGGAAAGCUCAGAUGCCAGAAAAAAUAAGCAAAAAGAUGUUGAUGUAACACGACAUGACAGUGUCACGCCAACUCAUUUAAGUGGGUGUCAUGACACCAUGGAGGUGUUACAUGUGAAUGAACCAGCUGAUAAUCAAGCCAGUGUGAACACAGAGAGCUUUGAUGAUGAAAAUGUGUUGGAUUUACUGGAUGAUGAAGGAGAGGGUGGGAAUAAAGCAGCUCAACCAUCACUAGAUGAGGCAGUUGUUGAGUCAUCGUUGCCGCAAGUUGAGAGCAACGAAAUGAGUGGAGACAAUGGCAACAGUAGUGCCAUGGCAGUUUUUGUGGCCAAGUUCGACUACAAUCCAGAAACUGACUCUCCAAAUGACAAUCCAAGCAGCGAGUUAGCGAUUACAGCUGGCGAGUAUAUUUACAUCUAUGGAUACAUGGAUGAGGAUGGAUUCUAUAUGGGUGAGAAGGAGGAUGGCAGAAAGGGCUUGGUGCCAUCUAACUUUGUUGAUCGUGUUGUUAGUGACUUAGAUGACCAAGCAUCAGAGGACAGCUUCAGGCAGAUGACACCCAAUUUUAAUGUGGUAGAAGAAGAUGAGGCUUACAUCAUGCCGGAAGAACUUAGUCAACUGGCGCCGUCUGGUGUUGGAUACAACUUGGCAAGAGAGUUGGAAACUGUAGAGGAGGAAGAGGAAGAACUAGAUCAAUCGACUGAAAACAUAAAAGAUACAGAGAAAGGAAACAGGAGAGAAUUGAUGGACAAGGUGGUUAACAUACCCCCACCGUGCGGACUGAAAGUUGAACGGAAAUUCGCUCGAAGCUUAUUGGUGAGUUGGGAAAAACCACAUGGCAUUGAGUCUGAAUCAAUUCAGGGGUACAGAGUGUAUGUGGAUGAGAAUCUAAAAGCAUCUGUCAAAGGUGGCAAUCUUAGAGCAUUGCUGGAAGGUCUUGACUUCUAUGCAGGUCGCUUUAAGGUGAGUGUACGGACACAGACGUCUGAUGGAGAGUCUGCUGAUCCUGUGGACUUCUUGACACUAGGGAAAGAUCCCGUCUGUCCACCUAAGAAUGUUCAUUUUCAACUUUCAGCAGAUGGCAGUCAAUCUCUUCACGUUACAUGGACGCCAGUAGAUCCCAGUGAGACUCCAGACAGUGUUCCAACAGGUUACAAAGUCUACAUUGAUGGUGUCAGUGCUGCACGUGUAUCUGGUGCUGACACAUCAUCAGCAUAUAUUAGUCAGUUUCUCAUAUCAACAUUGUAUACUAAAGAGCAACACAGUUUGCAUGUUCUACAUGUAACAACAUUGUCAAACGAUGGAGAGAGCUCUCCAUCAGACAGUGUCACGUUUUUGAAUGAAACGUUAACUAAACCGUCAGGAAACAACAAAGGAGAGCUUACAGAUGAGCUUCAAGACAGUGGUGUAUAUUCAAGAGAAGAACAGAGACUACGAGCUACCAGCAAAGAGGAAAACAAGUGUGUUAUACCUGUUACUGCUAAAGCCAUUAAUGUACUGUCUGAGGAGAGUUCCAUGAGAGAGGACAAGGAAAAUGCCUUGGAAAUCAUUGACAAUGUUAAUGCAAUUGUGCAAACAGUGAAAGCUGAGAUAAGUCAACAGCAGCAGAGACAAGCUGAGGUAGUAAAUAUAGCUUCAAGUCAAGUUCCUUCCAUGUUUACAAUUGCCGACAAUAGUGGAGAUUCAGAAAGUGACUCUAGCAGUAGCAGUAGAUCAGACAGUGAAAGAGAAGCUCUGGAGGUGUUUGCUUCUCCAGACAAAUCAGAGGCUUCAAUGUCACGUGAUGAUGAGCUGUCAGAGGGUGAGAUUGGAGCUUCGCUUGAAAAAGCAGGACAGCAAACAACAGAAGUGGAAUUGGUGCAGCUAAAGAUUCAGCCAUCUCAAAUUGGUUCCAUACGGAAAUUCACUGCUUUGUUUGAUUAUGAUCCAGCGAUAAUGUCGCCCAAUGAGGAUGGAGCUGAUGAAGAGCUGAAGUUCAACAAGUGUGAUAUUAUAACGGUGUAUGGUGAAAAAGAUGAAGACGGCUUUUAUUUUGGCGAAGCGGAUGGAAAACAAGGCUUUGUUCCUUGCAAUAUGGUGUCUGAACUGGUAACAGAAACCUUGAAUGGAUAUCCGGAGUCAGAGAAUGACAGACAAGAAGCUGUUGACUAUGAUCCAGCUGUAAGUGUAGACUUUAAAUCUGUGCUUCCUGCUCGUGAAAAGAUGGUAGCACUCUAUGACUAUGAUCCUCAAGAGCAUUCUCCAAAUGCUGACUCGGAGGUUGAACUUAGGCUGAAUGCAGGCGACAUUAUAUACGUUCUUGGGCAAGUAGAUAGUGAUGGCUUCUAUCAAGGUGAGACUGAGGAUGGAGAGAUCGGUCUGGUGCCAUCCAACUAUUUGUGUCCUGAAAAUAGGUACAAGAGUGAUGAUUUGAUACCACAUGUAGAUGAGCCAGCGAACUCUGUAAACGAGUCUGGUAGUUAUAGAGAUGAAGAGGUUGACAAAGAAGUAGUAUCAGAACAGACUAAGAAGAAGAAGAAGGGCUUGAUUUCUAAAGGCAAACACUUUGUUAUGAAACUAGGACGGACACGUCAGAAAUAGAGCUGUGCACCUUAUAUUGUUGUAUGACAUCAGUUUUUUUCAUUCACGCUACGAGACUGUUUCUUCAGUCCAUUGUUCUGAAUAGUUUAUGUUUUUUACAAGGCUUGUGAGUUUGGAUGGAACGUUGCCAACCUGGCAGGAACAGACUAAUUAUUUUUGCAAUAUACUGUACUAAGUUAUGCUA